AUGAGCCUGGAACAAACUUCUGAAGGCUCAAUUAUACAGAAUGAAAGUGAAAGAUCACCAACGUUACCUGAAUCUGGGCAGCCAAAUGUACCCAAACCACCGGCAAUAGCAGCAAGUUUGGAGCAAGUACCAGUUGUUGGAGAUAUUUUUAGACGCCAUGAUAAGCGCCAGGUGGUCUAUGACACUCGAGAGCGCGCAUAUCUUGAGCCUUACAAGGAGGAUUACCUUAAUGCAAAGAGUAAUCAAGAGCGGAAACAGAUUGUCUGCAAUAUUCUGCCCAAUCUGUAUAACUACUGGCAAAGCUUAGGCAGAACAGUUCCCAAUACAGUGGAGAAAAGCCGCAACGAAGCCAAAAGGCUUUUGGGGUGGAUCAGAAAUAACUGGCGUAAUCCAAAGCCUCUACAGGCUGAACUUAAGGGUCACAAAAAAAGGAAGCGCACAACUAUCCUAUGGCGGACCCGUCGGGAAGAGGUAUACAAAGAAAUUGCGGAAAUUCUUGGCCUUGAAUCUGCAGGUCCGGGGACCAAAGGUGUGUUUGAAACGCGCAUGAAAGCCAUGGGUAAUAUCCUGGGACAUAUGUUGGAUGCGGAAAGGAAACAAUUAGAUCUUGAAGGGGAAUCUAUACCUCUGCUAGAGUAUACUGAUGAGGAAAAACAAAUACACAAUCAAAUUGCCGCCACUUUAGGAGUCCCUUCAACUCUGUUGGAGGACCAGAAGGCUGCGGAAUUCACACACAUGAAGAGGUUAAUUAGCACCUAUGUCCGCGGUCUCUUAAACGCCAGAAAACGAGCUAAAGAUGGAAUUCAAAACACAGAUAAGUCUGAUAUCACAAUACUGGACCGUGAUCCCAGCGGAUUUCCAAUCUUGCCUUAUGACUUCGACGCGGAAAAGCACAACAAACGCGAGCUUGAACAGCUACUCCGCUUGUAUCUGGGUCAACAUUAUUUGCUAGCAACGGAGGGAAGAACAGACCAGGCACCUUUCUCAAUUUUCCAUAAAAAGCUUUCAACCUUGAUAUCUCCUCAAUACCUUCCCACCGGUUUCAAAGCACUUGAAGAGCCCCGCAACAUGGAUCUUGAAGAUAUUCGUACUCUCAUGAAUUUUUGGCGUGCUAGAGUCAAGAAAGGUCAAAAGGGUGAGGAACUUGUUCAUACUCAAUAUCCAGAUGAACCACGCAAGACAAACAUUGAGAAAAGACCACCAUCCCCCAGAAAGUCGCGUUCCAAGAAGUCCAAAAAGAAUCCACCAAUGAAUAGGAAUCCAUUCCCUAUCCUUAACAGCCCUAAUCCUAACAUCAUGCGGAUUGAAGAUAUGGAGGGAGGAUCGCAACUGAUAACUUUUAAUCAAAUUGACACUUCAAUGAUAGAUCCACGUCUCCUAAACCCACCAGUGGAUUCCUUGAUUCAUGGGCCCACCACUCAAGUUGAUACUUAUAUUCAGACGUCAUCUGAAGCCAGUGGGGUGGACCCACAAGCACAGCCACCAACUCCCUCAGCGCGUGGAGAGGAAUCAACCAUGCUAAGCCGCGGAACCUCCAAUAAUUCCGCAACUGCGCAACCCGACAGCCUUUCAACCACACUAACCCGCAUCACCGCGCAUAUGUCCACACCUGUGCAAUCCGACGGCCUAGUUGCCAGUGUUCAACCCCGCCCUCGACCAAGGCCUAUUCCCAAACCAACCACUCCCACCAAAAUUGCCCAGGCGGCAGAAAAUCAGCGGUUACUGCAAGAAGCGCGGGAAAUUUCAUCUGAACUACUGAGAAAUUUGGCCCGCCCAAUCACUCCACCAGGGCCCCUACUAUUUGAUCCAUUUGUUUCUUCUAGCGAGAGCUCCAAUGCUGCUCCCGGUUUGAUGCAAAAUAUCACAGAAUCGGCUCCGAUUCAUACACCAAUCCCCACAAAUUCUGCACCCACCAAUCGGAAAUGA